UGACUUGUUCAUGUCGUUGAUGAUCAUCAUCUUCAUUCGAUAGACGAGACAAUGGGCUUGACUUCUGCACAAAAACAAGAUGUCUUGCAAAUUAUUGAUAAGCUCUGGAACCACACAUCUGGGAGACGGCUUGUCUCCCAAAUGUUCCGUACCUUACCAGACCCUGUCGCCUGGAAGGCCUACUACGACGUAAUCCCUCAGCCAAGAAGUCUAGAGUCUGUCAAGGCCGAUGUGGAGAAAAAUAAAUUGUCAAAUGUCGAGCAGACUCGUACAGAUUUGGACCUGAUAUUUAAGAAUGCGUGAGCUAACUAUUUAAAUGGUUGGCUCGUUACAUGCUUUGACCAUAUCCAUCUAGCUUACACUUCAAUGAGGAAGG